UUGGUUGGUCAGUGGGGAGUCGGCGCCUGCGUACUAAGACCCGUGUGCAGCAGCGGCGGCGGCGGCGGCGGCGGCGGCAGCGGGCUCAGAGGCAGCGGUUGGGCUCGCGGCGAACGGACGGCGUCGAGUCAUUGCGUUCGCGCGAGUUGGAAUCAAAGCCUCUUAAAAUGGCAGAUGAUUUGGACUUCGAGACAGGAGAUGCAGGGGCCUCUGCCACCUUCCCAAUGCAGUGCUCAGCAUUACGUAAGAAUGGCUUUGUGGUGCUCAAAGGACGGCCAUGUAAGAUUGUGGAGAUGUCCACCUCCAAGACUGGCAAGCACGGUCAUGCCAAGGUCCACCUGGUUGGUAUUGACAUCUUUACUGGGAAGAAAUAUGAAGAUAUCUGCCCAUCAACCCAUAAUAUGGAUGUCCCCAACAUCAAAAGGAAUGAUUUCCAGCUGAUUGGCAUCCAGGAUGGAUAUCUAUCACUGCUCCAGGACAGCGGGGAGGUGCGAGAGGACCUCCGCCUGCCUGAGGGAGACCUCGGCAAGGAAAUUGAGCAGAAGUAUGACUGUGGAGAGGAGAUCCUGAUUACAGUGCUCUCUGCCAUGACAGAGGAGGCAGCUGUUGCAAUCAAGGCCAUGGCAAAAUAACUGGCUCCCAUGAUGGCCAUGGUGGAAGCAGUGAUCCUCGAGCCUGCAGAGGCCCCCUCCCCCAGCCUGGCCCAGCUCUGGCUGGGCCCUUGGCUGGACUCCUACACAAUUUAUUUGACGUUUUAUUUUGGUUUCCCCUACUCCCUCAUUCUGUUGGGGAGCCCCUGCCCUUCAUCCUGUUCCCUUGGCCAGGAGUGAGUGAGCCAUGGCCUUGGUGAAGCUGCCCUCCUCUUCUCCCCUGGAACUACAGCACUGAUGGGGGAGUAGGGUGGGUGCUGCUUGUGGUUUAGGGUUUUUGUUUUGUUUUUGUUUUUUAAAUUCAUUCUGGAAUCAGAAAGCUGUGGAUUCUGGCAAUUAGUCCUUGUGCCCCACCCACCUCCACUCAUCCCUGGUCUGGUCCCUGUUUCCAUAGCCCUUUGCCCCAAACACCAUCUCCACAGACUGGGGACCAGCCUCCUCCCCAUGCCUAAGUCUCUUUCCCCAAAUUCCUUUAGCAGGAGAAGGAAGGGGUGGAGAGAGAAGGGGACCUGCCCCCUCCUUAGGCAUCUGGGAGGGCCCUGCCCCCAUGGGCUUCACCCUCUCCUGUGGGCUCUCUCCCUGACACAUUUGUUAAAAUCAAACCUGAAUAAAACUACAAGUUUAAUAUGAA